AUCGAUUAUUGCAAUUUAUAAACAAAGCGGCUUAAAAUACGUCACCUGGAAUUUCGGGCAUGGAUUUGCCUGUUGAAUAUGGCAGAUGAUGAUGAUGAUGACGACUACAGCAUUACUGCAAGUCCAACAGAAUUAAGUGGCCAUUGCUCAUUACGCAAACAAAGAAGAAAUCCUCACAACUACAAUGCACCGGCCAAGCUGUCGACGGUAACACGAGGAUCAUUGCAAUUUGAUGAUUGGGAAUAUGAAGCAGAUCGCUUGGACUGUCUGCGCGCACAGCAAGAACCAGCACGAGUGCAUCUCAUACCAGCAUCUCAAAAUUUUACAACGUUGCAAUCCAUGUUAGAGCAACAAGAUAUGAACGACAUAGAGGACGCUGAGCCAGAGAGAGAUAUAACAGAGACAGCAAACAUUGCACAGCAGAUACUGAGGGAUUUCUGUGAAUCUCCUACAUACUUCGAAGACGAUGAUGAGCUGUUACUGGAGGACUACUCUCCCUGGUUUCGUUUUCGAGGCAAGAGAAUCAAAACCUAUGGAAAGGAACGAUUAAAAACUAGUGCACCAGUUGUCACAGAUGAUGAUGAGGAUCGCUUGAGCUGCAGUUCCUCGGAGUUGUCCGUGCAAGAGGACUACAACACCCAAGUUCCCACAAGGACAAACUGUGCCUUCGAUGCAAAUAGCUCACAGAAAAUCUGUGAGAAUUUACUAAAUCUGAGUGCAUUUUUCAGCACUCAAAGCAAUGCAAACAAAUCGAUUAAUUUGCCCGACAUGCAAAUGGACUUGAAGAAUUCUACAGUACUGGAAGCGAAAGACUUUGAAGACGAGGAUGCUACUGGUAUUCUGGAGGAAAUGGGGUACUUUGUUGGCGGCACCGAGCAAUGUAAAUAUCUUGAGGAUAACUGUGAUAGUAAAAUAAUAGAUAAUGCUGAAUUUUCACUAUUUAGAGAUGAAACUGCAGGAAGAGUUGAGAAAUUGCAAGACACCAACUUAUGUGAAGAUAAGAAUGUACACUCCAAAAAGACUCAGCUGGAAGCUGCUAAAGAAACUUCAGAAAUUGAGCUGCUUGAGGAAAUAGCCUUAAGUGAAUGGCAGCCCAUCGAAAUUGAGAACUCAAGCAUAAACGAAAAGCAAGGGAAGGAUUGCAAAGAGCAAAUGGAGAUGGAGAUGAUUGCAUUCAGCGAAUGGCAACCUGUUGAGCUAAUAGACAAUCCAAUAGAAAUUCAAGAGGCACCACCAAAGGAAAAACCUAGCCACCUACAUGAGAUAAGUAAGAUAGUAGAAGCUAAAUGUCCAGUUGAUAACUCAAGUAGUAUUCAAUUUCGCACUGCGUCUAAUAAGGCAAUGAAAUUGACAGAGGAAAUGAAAAGGAAAGCAGCUAUGCUAAUGGCUGAUUUGGAAACAGUUGGCGAAGAUCAAGUAGAAAGCGGUAACAUGCUGAAGCAGGAUCAGGCGGCUGCUCCGAAGAGAGACGAAGCAGCUACAGAUUGUGAACUGCUCGCUGGGAUCCCAUUAAGUGAAUGGCAGCCAAUGGCCAUACCAGACAGCAAAGAAACAGAUGGACUCGACGCGAGUAAUCAGUUGGAUUUGAUACCAUUCAGCGAAUGGCAGCCCAUUGAUAUACCAGAUGCUAGAGCAAAUACGACCAAAGAUCAGCAACAAAAAGAAGCGACUGACUGGGGAGCUAGUCAUGCACAAAAAAAAGUAGAAUGUAAUCAAAAUGGGAUUCCAGAAUAUAUUCAAUUUCGAACUGCCUCGAAUAGAGUUCUGACAUUGACCAAGGAGAUGGAACAGAAGGCAGCAAUGCUGAUGGCUGAUUUGGAAGGUCUAAAUACAGAUCUAAAUGAAGCAAAAAAAGAUUCUUUGAGUACGAUUCAAGAAAAGGCUGAAGCAGGAUACUCUCAGACAAGAAGAAAAGGUGCUAAUGAUAAUUUGCAUGUUGAAAUUUCAAAUCCAGUUCAAUUUCGUACUGCUUCGAAUAAGGUUCUGGAAUUAACAGACGAAAUGAUGCAGAAGGCAGCGAUGCUGAUGGCUGAUUUGGAAACUGUGAACGACAAUCCCCGAGCAGAGCAAAAGAAGGGCAAAACUACAGUUAAUGAUAGUUGUUCUCAGUCAGUAACUGAAGAUGAUGAGAAUAUUCAGCCAAAUGUUUCAGAAUGUAUUCAAUUUCAUACUGCUUCGAACAAGGUGCUCAAAUUAACUGAAGAGAUGAGGCAGAAGGCAGCUAUGCUAAUGGCUGACUUGGAACUCAAUCCAACAGAGGGAACGCAGGAACAGUUUCGUAACAGCUGCACAGUUAAAAACAAGUCGGUUGCUAGCCAACAAGCGAUUAAGGAAGGAAGAGCGCCCAAAUCGACAAUUGAAACUAUCGAUGGCAUCUACCCGCUUGACUCUGAAGUCAACCAGCCUAAAUCAGCUGUCCCACUGGAAGAGAAUCUACAUACAGAAGACAGGCCUGAUCUUAUAUAUGAGACGCCGAAAUGCACGACAGAGCUACAAUCUUCAUUAACCCAGCUAACGGAGCGUUCGCCUUUGGAUAGAAAAACUAAGAGUUCGAUAAUAACACGUCGCAAUCUCUUAUCUCUCAAUAAAAGACGAAAACAAAAGCGGAAUUCCGAGAACAGCAAUGCUGAUGGUGGACAUACGCCGAUUAGAAGGUUUGCCUCAAUGGCAGCAGCGACAAGCACACCAAUGCCAAGCCACAGGGCAAUCGAUGUAAAGGAGAAUGAGGACAGUCCACAACCCUCUGUGAGGGAGCGCAGCUGCUCGCAAGACUCGCCACGCGUCGAAAGGAAGCGUUUGUGCAAGCGUAAAAGUGAAGAUGCACUUUCGCCCAUCUAUGCGCCCACGCACAAGACUCGUCGGCUCGGCUUAAGUCGCAUUCGCAAUAAGUCAACCCAUGAAAUUUGAAUUGUAAAUUCGCGCCAAUAAAAGUAGUAAAACUAGUUAUACACAAA